GCGGUUUGGCCCUCCCGCCCCGCCGUAGCGCGGCGCCCCGCGGGCGGUGCUGGGAAGUGUAGGCGGAAGAGGGCGCCCGGUGCCAUGGACGCCCUGCACGAGGCCGGGAUCCGCGCCGCCGUGGCCCUGCAGGCCGGGCCGGCCUGGCUGGAGCAGUUCUGGCUGUUGCUGACGUCCCAGCUGGAUCCCAACGCCAUCUACACCGUGUUCUUCCCGCUGGCCCGCGGGCUGGGCGAGCGCGUGGCGCUGCUGCUGCUCUGGAGCGCCCUGCUGGCCGAGUGGCUCAACGUGGUGCUCAAGUGGUUCCUGUUCGGGGAGCGCCCGUACUGGUGGAUCCACGAGUCGGGGCUCUCCAGCCGGGAGCAGCUCCCGCUGCGCCAGUUCCCGGUCACCUGCGAGACGGGCCCAGGGAGCCCCUCGGGGCACUGCAUGAUCCUGGCGGCGGCCCUGUGGCCCGUUGUCACCGCCCUGAGCAAGGAAGUGUCGCGGUGCACCCGGAGCCGGCUGCUGAGGCUGACCCCGUUCCUCGCCUACAUCCUCCUGCUGGUGGCCAUGGGGCUCUCCCGCAUCUUCGUGCUGGCCCACUUCCCCCACCAGGUGGUCACCGGCUCCCUGGCAGGGAUGGCUCUGGGCUGGGGGCUGCAGCGCUGGCCCCCCAACUUCCUCAAGUGCCGCUUCUUCCUGCUGACGGCUCUGGGGCUGCUCCUGGGCGCGCUGGGGCUGCACGGGCUGGCCACGGCCGCGGGGCUGGACCUGGACUGGUCGCUCCGGCGGGCCGGUUCGCGGUGCUCGGAGCCGGGCUGGCUGCGGCCCGAGACGCGGCCCUGGGCCUCGCUGUGCCGGGCGAGCGGCAGCGCGCUGGGGCUGGCACUGGCCGCCCGGUGCCCGCUGAGCCGCCGCGCCGCCGAGGAGCUGCGGGCGCUGGAGCCGCCGCUGGGCAGCGCGGCCCUGGGGCUGCUGGCCCUGGACGUGCUGCACAAGCUGCCCCGGAGCGAGGGCACGGCGCUCUGGUACCUGAACGUGGGUGCCCGCUAUGCCCUGGGGCCCGUGCUGGUGGGUUCCCUCGUGCCCCAGCUCAUCCUCUUCCUGCGGCGGCUCCGGGCGACCCCCUAGCCCCCCUCUGUACCGGGGAGGGGGGGUCUGCUCCCGGGGCAUCCCAGCCCCGGGGCCCCCACGCUGGCUAAGGGGUGUUUGCUCUGUUAGCAGUUCGUUCUCACGCUCCUGUUGCCCCAGGGACCCCCGAAACUGAGUAGGGGUCCCCACUCCUGUCCCGGUUCAUCCUCAUCCUCCAGUGGCUCCGGGCGACCCCCUAGACUGCCCCCCAUGUCGGGGAGGGGGGAUCUGCUCCCAGUUCAUCCCCACCAGUCCCAGCGACCCCCCAAAUUGUCUAGGGGGUGUCUGCUCUGUUGCCAGUUCAUUAUCACACUCCUUUCACCCCAGGGACCCCCGAGACUGAGUAGGGGGUCCCCACUCCUGUCCCAGUUCAUCCUCACCCUCCCUUUCCCCAGGGACCCCCAGACUGAGUGGGGGGUUCCGCUCUGUUCCUGGUUCACUCCCACUCCGUCCCCCCAAACCGAGCGGUUCUCCCGGUUCGUGCUCGCCCUCGCCUGCCCCAGGGAUCCCCCCCAGCCCGGGCAGGGGGUCCCACCCCCGUGGGGCAGAGCCGGGGGUGCCCCGUGCCCGGCGGGUCUGGGGGCACAGCCCGGGGACAGCCCCGGCGCGGGGACACCGAGCUGCCACCCCCGUCCCCGCUGUGCCCUCUGCAGUGGGGACGGGACCCCCGGGACCCCCCGGGACCCCCCCUCAGCCCGGUGUGCGCGGGGCUGCCCCGUUUGGAACCAAAUAAAGCUCCGGAACCGA